CCAGCGCUCCUUUCAUCGAUUUCUGACCCGAGAAAAUCGGAGACCCUUUUCUCAGUGGAGCUCGACCGGGUCGUUCAACGGGUCCAACCGCGGCAUAAUUUCUCACCGAAGCAGGUCAGACAGACAGAACUAUCAAAAUGAGCAUGCCAGCAGGAGAUGUCGAAAAAGGAAAGAAGGUGUUCGUACAAAAGUGCGCCCAGUGCCACACCGUCGAGAAAGGUGGGAAACACAAAGUCGGCCCUAACUUGAGCGGCCUCAUCGGCAGGAAAACCGGCCAAGCUCCUGGCUUCUCCUACUCGGACGCCAAUGUCACCAAAGGUAUUACAUGGAGUAAAGACACUCUUUUCGUCUACCUGGAAAACCCCAAGAAAUAUAUUCCCGGUACGAAAAUGGUCUUCGCCGGCAUUAAGAAGCCACAAGAACGAGCUGAUCUCAUCGCUUACCUCGAACAGGCAACAAAGUAGGUUCAGGUGUGGUUUAGUAGUGAAACGAAAUUGAAAGAAUUGUUGGAUUCCGUAGAGGUGAAAGACUCAAAUCCGCGUAUUUACGAUGUUUUAAUUAUGUACAAAUUGAAAAGAGAAAUUAAAGUAUUAUUGUUGUUAAUUUCCUUUCUGUGUGUAUAUAACUUAACAGUGAAACUGUCAAAAAACCAUAUUAAUUUAAUGUAAAUGCAAUAUUGUUAUCAUUUGUAAUAAUUACAAAUGCUAGAAACAAA